AGAAAUGAAUUCUGGAGGACCAAAUUAUCAGAUGGCGUCACUUUAUGUAGGUGAUUUACACCAAGACAUCAAUGAAGCCGGGCUUUUCGAGAAAUUCUCUACCGCUGGUCCGGUAUUAUCAAUUCGCGUUUGUCGUGAUGUUAUUACGCGUCGCUCAUUGGGAUACGCAUACGUGAACUUCCAGCAGCCUGCCGAUGCUGAACGUGCGUUGGAUACAAUGAACUUUGAUCUGAUUCGUAACAAGCCAAUUCGCAUUAUGUGGUCUCAGCGAGAUCCCUCCUUGCGUCGGUCUGGCAUUGGCAACGUAUUCAUUAAGAAUUUGGAUAAGAGCAUUGACAAUAAAGCGAUUUACGACACUUUUUCGGCUUUUGGGAACAUACUUAGUUGUAAAGUUGCGACAGAUGAAAAAGGCAAUUCCAAGGGAUAUGGUUUCGUUCACUUUGAAACCGAAGAGGCAGCCAAUACCUCAAUUGAGAAGGUGAAUGGUAUGUUGUUAAAUGCCAAGAAAGUAUAUGUAGGCAAAUUUAUACCACGCAAGGAACGCGAGAAGGAAUUGGGUGAGAAAGCUAAAUUAUUUACAAAUGUAUAUGUGAAAAAUUUUGGCGAGGACUUCGACGACGAGAAAUUGAAGGAACUCUUUGAACCCUUUGGAAAGAUCACAAGCUAUAAGGUCAUGCUUAAAGAAGAUGGCAAAAGCAAAGGCUUUGGCUUUGUCGCCUAUGAGACAACCGAGGCAGCUGAAGCUGCUGUCGAUGCCUUGAAUGGCAAGGAAAUGGGUGACGGCAAAGUUUUGUAUGUAGCCCGCGCCCAGAAAAAGGCUGAACGCCAGCAAGAACUCAAAAGAAAAUUUGAGGAAUUAAAAAAAAAACGUCAGGAGUCUGUCUUUGGUGUUAAUUUAUAUGUUAAAAACUUGGAUGACAGUAUCGAUGAUGAACGCCUGCGUAAGGAGUUCUCAGUGUUUGGCACUAUUACAUCCGCUAAGGUUAUGACCGAUGAAGAGGGCCGUUCUAAGGGAUUCGGUUUCGUUUGCUUCAUUUCACCAAAUGAAGCCACCUGUGCCGUCACUGAACUGAAUGGACGAGUUGUUGGUUCGAAACCACUCUAUGUUGCUUUAGCUCAACGUAAAGAGGACCGGAAAGCACAUCUAGCAUCGCAAUAUAUGCGUCAUAUGUCCGGUAUGCGUAUGCAACAACUGGGCCAAAUCUUCCAGCCGAACGCUGCAGGUGGAUUCUUUGUGCCUACCAUGGCGCCAGGACAGCGCUUCUUUGGUCCACAAGUGACACAACCAAUCCGUAACACACCGAGAUGGGCACCACAAGUACGUCCUGCUGCGGGCGUACAAGGAGUUACACAAGCCGGAGCCGCAGCCGCGGCUGCUGGUGGCUUCCAAAAUGCUGCUGCUAUGGCAGCGACUGGUACUGCUCAGUUCCGCCCUGCAGCAGCCGCAGGGCGUGGACAACCUCAAGCAGUUCAAGGUGCACAUGCCGCAGUUGCUGCUGCAAAUACAAUGCGUAACACUGGCGCACGUGCUAUAACUGGUCAGCAAGCAGUUGCUGCGGGUAAUAUCCAAAUGGCUGGAGCUCCAAUCACCGCAAGCGGUGCUCAACAACGCGCUGCCAACUAUAAGUAUACAGCUAACAUGCGCAAUCCACCACCACAGCCAGUUCAGCAACAGCCACAAGUGCAGCCAAUGCAUCAAAAGGGUCAAGAAAAAUUGAUUGCUUCAUUGUUGGCUAACGCCAAACCACAAGAGCAAAAACAAAUUUUGGGCGAACGUUUAUAUCCAAUGAUCGAGCGUAUGCAUCCGUUAAUGGCCGGCAAAAUUACCGGUAUGCUAUUGGAGAUCGAGAACUCCGAAUUGUUGCACAUGCUGGAAGAUCAGGAUGCUUUGAAAGCCAAAGUAGAAGAAGCCGUCGCUGUGUUACAGGUCCAUCGCGUAACUGAGCCUACCAAUUAAACAUGAGAGCAAAAGAAAAACUUAGAAUUGUAUUAAUUUCUCCACGAACGUAAAAGUUCAGUAACUUUAUAUAUUAUUAUUACUAAACACAACAUCAAAUAUUAGUUACACACUUUUAGCUCAAAACAAAAUUUAACACGAAAGUAAAAAAAUGGAACUCAAUAUUCAGAUUAGUGGAAUGUGGGUUACAGAUUUUUUAGUAGUGGAUAAUGAGGGCCAUUGAAAGAUCGUAACACCGCUUAACAUUCGUAAAAACUACUUAGCCUACCUUAAAAUUUUAUAAUUUUCCCACAUAAUCAAGUUUCACACUUUUUCGCACUUAAUUUCAGUUUAUUCUCUUUUCAAUCCAGCCAAUCAAAACGAAACUAUUUUUACAUUCAAUCUGUAUAAUACAAAUAUCAUAAUUCAACGAGUUCUCAAGUUAAUCCAAAAACUCCGAAAUGGUUUGUAUAGUCAUCGCUGAAUUUAAUAUUAAAAAAAUAUGAAAAUCAAGAACUAGAAUUUGCAAUAGAUUUUGAAAACCAAAGCCGGAACGGAGGAAAUGGGAAGAAAAUUCAAGCCAAGACGACAGAAUGUCGCGCGCAGCAAAAAUUUGAACAAAAAAAUUCAUGAUAAAACUUCGUAAUCAAACCCGAAGCAAUUUUUGCUGCAGACUUGAAAUGCAUUUUUUCUAUUAAAACUUGGAGAUUGAAUUUGUAUUCUAACUGUUUUUCGACAAUUUCACCCAUAACGAAGAAGGUAACAUUCAAGUAUUUUAUAAUUCCUAACAACAGCAACCAAGCCAUACUCAUUGCAUUGCAAACAACACCAAAUUUUAAUUUUUUCACUUGAAUAAAAAUUUGUUUUAGUCAUUUACGAUGAAGAAGGUAUGCAUUUUUAGUGUACUUUUGCGAUGCGUAGGUGGAAUAAACAACAUCUUAAAGUAAACAACAAAAAGGAAAAGAGGUUUGAGUACUUGGUAAUUGUAAAAAAUCGAUAGGUUUUGGUUGAAUUGAAGAGAUUUUGCUCUAAUCAUUUUAUUUGAGAAGUGACUUGACAAGCUUAGGAAAACAAAAAUAUUAAAAUAGAAAGAAAUAAUUGAAGAAAACAAAAAAAAAAAUUGCAAAAGCUUAUUCAAAAAAAAAAAUUGAAAAUUUUCGAGUGAUAUUGAAACCCAAAGGCAAAUGCUUUGCAUUGUCAAUCGCUCGCUGAAUAUAAGAAAACUAUAAACAAUCUGCAAAUAGAGUUGCGUGUAAAAGGGAAAAUUGAAAAGGAUGAAAAAACGUUGUAACGAUUUUUUGCUACUUUGAACAACAAAAUAAAUGAAAAAUAGAAGCCACAUACAUUCGCUGAAAAGCAGAACAUAAAAAUAUAAAAAAAAAAUACAAAAAAAUUGUAAAAUUUAUACAAAAACCGGUCCUCUAUGACCAGAAAAACACAAUGAAUUAAAAAUAUAUAAAUUUUAUCAAAAACA